AAUAAGCAGAGUGCUAAGGAGGGUCAUAGGGGAACGUUUGAAAGUAAUAUCGACCAUAUGCAAAAUACCACGACGGAUGUUAGUCAUCACACAGCUCUCAGGGAGUACAUGUCAAGUAAAUGUACUUGAUUUAAAGCGAAUUAAGAUACCUGUCGCACUUCUACCCCUUGCUAUAUAACCUAGUGCAGUACUACAGUGUUGUCACAAAGACCCAACAGGACCAAGGUGUAGGCGCUGUAGAGCGGCAGAGCGCGCGGACUGGAGCAGAGAGGGAACUGAGCGGAGGUUUCAACCAAGGAAGGAACAUUUCAUUUUUGCGUACGCUUAAGACACUUAUAUGGAGAGGAGACGAUACCAAUUUCCACAGGUGUAAACAUCGAGCUCUAAAAAGUCAUAGAGAGGGGUUGAAAAACAUUUAAACUCAGUUUACAAGUGCUGUAAUAGCCUAUUUCUACUUUUUAAAUAGAAACAAACGAAGAAAGAAUAGUUUUAGGGCGGAAGAGUUGCGCGCAACAGAUAGCUGCAUCAUGAAAUUACUUCUACCGCUUGUGAUAGCUUUUAUUGCUAUUGCCCAAUUUUUUUGUGAAGAAAUUGGUCCAAAAGAAGAUCUUGAUUAUUGGACAAACGAUCAAAUUACGGACGAGUGGCUUUCGUCUGACCCGUUCAGAGAGAUACUGCGGAGGAUGACGCGGAAACCGCGGCCUCAUCAGUUCUUUGGCCUGAUGGGGAAACGCUCCUCCGCGAAUGCACAGAUAACCCGAAAAAGGCAUAAAAUUAACUCCUUUGUUGGAUUGAUGGGCAAGAGGAGCCAAGACGAACCAGAUUCAUUUGAGUGGAACACACAACAGAACUACAACAAGCGCCGCUAACCAGUGAAUCUGUAUUCAGUCCUCUGCUAUUGGUCCGCUUCUCAACAAGUCAUUCCUACAGAAGAUUGGAAGGGGUGUCUGAUGCGUAGUUUUGUUUCCUCCAAAAUAUGUGUCGUCAAAUUUAUUGUAAAUUACCGUAAUAAAAUGUCUGUUUUCACAUCGUGGUGAUGUAGCUGUACUGUACCUGACUGUGCCAAUGUGACUUGUUCUGGAAGAAUGCAGGAGUGUGAUCUGAAUUGGGUUACAAAAUUCUGUUCGUUUUCCCAAUCAUUCCCAGGUUUUCCAGAAAUUCCGGUUGGAAGAUUGGAAUUUGAAGGGAAAUCAUAAGACGGACAUUUCAGAAUAUUCCAACUAGGAUUUCUGGGAAAACCUGGUAAAUUUGUGGAAGAUAGUGGACUGUUGUCACCCUCGGUGUGAACUGAUACUCCUACCGUACCUUACAGAAACAUUAUGUUAUUUAAUGUAUGUCAAAGUAUUAGUACCAUCAUCAUAUCAUAGGUUCCAGAGAAUACUGUUGUCACCCUCGGUGUGAACUGAUACUCCUACCGUACCUUACAGAAACAUGAUGUUAUUUAAUGUAUGUCAAAGUAUUAGUACCAUCAUCAUAUCAUAGGUUCCAGAGAAUACUGUUGUCGUGGACCAUCAAAGCAAAGCUCUACCCCAGGGUAUGUAGAAAAUUGCACUGCCAAUCCCACUGUCUAGUGCCUCAACUGUUUUAAUCACAACUGAUUGUGCUGUAAAUAAACAAAAUACUCUGGUACACUACAGACAUGCUGCUCCACUACAGACAUGCUGCUCCACUACAGACAUGCUGCUCCAUCAGGACAUGCUGCUCCACUACAGACAUGCUGCUCCACUACAGACAUGCUGCUCCACUACAGACAUGCUGCUCCACUACAGACAUGCUGCUCCACUACAGACACGCUGCUCCAUCAGGACAUGCUGCUCCACUACAGACAUGCUGCUCCACUACAGACAUGCUGCUCCACUACAGACAUGCUGCUCCAUCAGGACAUGCUGCUCCACUACAGACAUGCUGCUCCACUACAGACAUGCUGCUCCAUCAGGACAUGCUCUCAUUUAAAUUGACUGUAAAUCAAACUGUCAUGUUUAUGAAACCAAGAUGUAUGGUAUGACAGAAUACUUGUAUGUAAUUGUGGCGUGAUAUAUUAAAACUAUUUUCUUUAUUGGUGGAA